AUGGGCUGGGACACCCUGGCCAGGCCGUGCAUCAUGGUGCCCGGCAGCCACGCGGGGCUGCCCAACGCCACAGCGCAGCGCUGCGGGGGGCUCUUCGCCGCCUUCCUGCCCGGCCUGGCCCUCGCGCUCACCCGCGUCACCACGGCCGACGUCAAGCAGGGCCACGCGCCCACCGUGGCCGCCAUGCGGCUCUUCUGCCACGUCGUUGGCUUCGUGAUGGCCGACGAGCAGCUGGCGAAAGUCCCCGAGAGCCAGGAGAAGCUCCCGGAGGAGGACAGCAGAAUAGCGGAGCUCAUGGUCCAUCGAGGACCUGAGUGGAGCAAAAGCACCGCGGAGAAGCUCGCUCUCCUCCUGCGUAAGAUAGUCGAGUCCUCGUCCGUCCACCCGCACUGGAGAGUGAGGCUGGAGCUGGUGGAGCUGGUCUCUCACUUGCUGCAGAAGUGCCGGCACUCGCUGCUCGACUCCUUCUCUCACCUGCUCAAGGCCUUGGUUGGGCUGGUUAACGACGAAAGCGACCAAGUGCAAACCCGCUGCAGGGAGGUUCUGCAGAGCAUUGCAGAGCAGGGGAUAGUCACCGAAAACAGGGCGCUGGCUGACGUGCUGUCCGAGAACCUGCAUGCCCUGGCCACAGCCCUCCCGCGCCUCAUGAACUCGCAGGACGACCAGGGCAAAUUUGCUACUUUGAGCUUGUUACUCGGCUACUUGAAGCUGCUGGGCCCCAAGAUGAACAUAGUCCUCAACUCUGCUGCCCACCUGCACCGCGUCUCCAAGGCGCUGAUGCAGGUCCUGGAGCUGGACGUGACGGACGUGAAGAUCGUGGAGGAGCGGCGCUGGGGCUCUGAGAGCCCCCGCGAGCCCGCGGGCUGCCCGCAGGCGGGGAAGCGGCAGAGGAAAUAUUUCCGCUUCUUCACGGAGGAGAAGGUGUUCCUGCUCCUGCAGCAAGUGUGCCGUGUCCUGGGCUACUACGGGAACCUCUACUUGCUGGUGGAUCAUUUCCUGGGGCUGUACGCGGAGUCCGCCGCGUACCGGCGGCAGGCGGCCAUGGUCCUCAACGAGCUGGUCGCGGGGGCUGCGGGGCUGGGCGUGGAGGCCCUUGGCGACAGGGAGGAUGCGGUGAGCGAGGACGAUCUCCGAGGGAGCAUCACCUCCAUCCUCGACGAGUACACAGACCCGGCAAACUGGUAUUUGGUCACGAGUAUUGACACGGGAGAGGCUGGCGCCGAGUCCUCCGUGCAGCCCCCGGGGUUUCCUGCCAAGCUGGGCAGUGCCCACAGCAGCCUCCUCAUCCCAUCCCCAGACCCGCAGCUCUCGACCCGCACCAUGAACGGCAACAUCUGGCAGAUCUGUAUCCAGCUGGAGGGGAUCAGCUGCUUUGCUGCCGUCCUGGGGAAGGGCUUCCGCCUGCUUCUGCUCUCAGCCCUGUACCCAGUGCUGGAGAAGGCUGGUGACAAGACUCUGCUCAUCAGCGAGACAGCAGUGGGGACACUUGUGGACAUAUGUGAGGCCUGCGGUUAUGCCUCCAUGCAGUGCUUGAUUAAUGAGAACUCUGACUACCUGGUGAACGGGAUUUCCUUGAACUUGCGCCAGCUGGCACAUCAGCCGCACGCGUCCCGCGUCCUGGACACGAUGCUGAGGCAUUCGGAUGCCAGCUUGCUGCCGCUCGUGGAGGAUGUCAUCCAGGAUGUCCUGUCUACACUUGACCAGUCUUAUGAUAACCAGGCUUCCACCUUCCUCAGGGUCCUCUACUCGUUAAUGACAGCUUUAGGAGGACAUCACGACUCUGUGACCUCUGGGUGCCUCUUUUGCAGCGCGGUGGUUCGGGGCAGCCUGCAGCGAGGAGGGCCAGGGAAAAAACCGGCGACCAGCCAGGACCUGGAGCGGUUCUUCCUCGACUACGUCAGGCAGAAGCGGAUCGCGGAGGGCGACGUGGAUGACUCGGAUGACGAGGAGGCAGAGCUGGUCCCCCCGCCUGCUGAGGCUGAGCUGCAGGACCCUGAGGCAGAAGGAGAGCCCCAGCUGCCAAGCCACGCACAGCUGGCCAAGGACAUCCUGGAGAGGUGCAUCCACCUGCUCUCCCACGGGAACCUCCGCGUGCGCCUGCAGGUCCUGGACGUGCUGGAGCUCUGUGUAACUGUCCUGCAUCCUCACGGAAACCAUCUGCUUCCCAUGGCCCAUCGCGUCUGGCCAGCUCUCGUCACCCGGCUGAUCAAUGACGACCCCCUGGCAGUGCUCAGGGCCUUCAAGGUGCUGUGCACCCUGGCUCAAAAGUGCGGGGACUUUCUGAGGCAAAGGUUCUCCAAAGACGUCCUGCCCAAGCUGGCCAGCUCCCUGCUCAGCCAGGCGCCCGCCAGCGCCAGGGCUGGGCCCGUGUACAGCCACACACUGGCCUUCAAGCUGCAGCUGGCCGUCUUGCAGGGCCUGGGCUCUCUGUGCGAGAAGCUGGACAUGGGCGAGAGCGACCUGAAUAAAGUGGCAGAUGCCAGUGUGAUCUACCUGAGCGCCAGGCAGCCCAGGAAGCUGCAGGAAGCUGCCCAGAGCGUUUUCCUGCACCUGAUGCGCGUGGACCCCGACGGCACGUGGCUCCUCCUGAGCGAGCUCUGCUGCCCUGGCCCCUCCGAGCCCCCGCACCGCAGCCUGCGGCCCGCGGGGCUGCCGAACGGGACACGGAGAAGGGACAUUCCCCGGGGGAAAAGGAGGGGAGCCCACGAGCCCACGGCCAUGGGGCGGGAUGCCCCAGGCCCGGAGCAGCUCCCCGUGCAGCCCCGCGUUCCCAGCACCCCUGUGGAUGCACCCACCGCCUGCACCCAGAGGAAGGGGAGAAAUAACCCAGGGAGCGAGGCAGGGGAAGCGGCGGCCCUGCCCGCGCUCGGCCUCGGCAUGGAAACUCACGCUGAUUUUCGUCGCGUCUUUGGCAGCCUCCUCAUGCUGCGAUGCCGGUAG